AUGUUAACAUACAUCCUUCUUGCAAUUGCAGCAGCAGAAGUUUUGAUGGUUGCAAGAUUGAUUGCAUUCUUGAUUCAUAAGAAUAGAGAAGAUAGUUCAGAAGAGAGUUUCGUUGAAAUGUCAGAACAUGUUAUCACAAAUCUCUCUACCGAGAUUACAUUUACAAACCCACUUUUCUCAAUGAACACAACUAUUGAAGAUGAUCCAUUUGCAAGUGACUUUGAAGAACAUGCAAAUAAUGACGAAGGUUAUUUCGAUAACUGUUUAUGCGAUGAUGAAUAA